CGACAGUGGUUCCUGGAAAAGAUCUGAAUCGUUUUAUAACCAAACCCAGCUGCGGUCUGGUGUGGGGUGCAGUCUCCUUGCGUGCAUGCAUGUGUGUGUGUGCGUUAAAGUGUGUGCGUGUUUUCGUCUGAGCGAGGUAGAAGGAGAGGAAGGGGUUUCUGCGCUUCCCUUCCCAACAGAGAGAAAAAGAGAGAGGGGGAGAGAGAGAGAGAGAAAAGUUUGCUCUUGUUCUCCCCUUGCCUCUUUUUUUUAGGCAUGAACGCCGAGACCUGCUUUUCAUACAGCGAUAUGACAUCCAUGGAUUCAUAUUAUAGUCCCUCUGCUGCGCAAGGUAGGGAUCACCAGACGGACCACUUUAGGACAUUCCCAGCUACUGACACCAAAUACAGCCCCACUGCCUUCCUGCCCAACAAAGGUCAGGCUUACGGAGAAAAGUCCCGGAGCCCCUUCCAGCAGGAGUGCCAGUCAUUGGAUGCCGCUGCAGCUGGGCAAGGCACUUUCAGCAAAUACCACCUCUUCAUGCAGAGGUCUUCUUGCAAAACACCCCCCGAGGAGGACAAACUACACCAGGAGAGGGGACACAACGGAGCGCUCAUCCCGUGUUAUGGUAAAGACAGUUCAGGUCUGACAGACUCUGAUUUGGCCCCUGACUCUGACCCACCUGGAAUGGACGGCAGAUAUCUGGCUGUGAAGGAUCAAGGUGUCAAGGCGGCCUCCGAUAGACCGCCAGGCACUGAUUUAGCCAGCCCAAUGGACAAGGCUGAUGGUGGCGAAAGCAACAAAGGCAAGAAGAGACGCAACCGCACGACCUUCACGAGCUACCAACUGGAGGAGCUGGAGAAGGUUUUCCAGAAAACACACUAUCCUGAUGUUUACGCUCGAGAGCAGCUCGCACUGAGGACCGACCUGACUGAAGCCCGAGUGCAGGUGUGGUUCCAGAACCGAAGAGCCAAAUGGAGGAAAAGGGAGCGCUUUGGUCAGAUGCAGCAGGUCCGAACUCAUUUCUCAACAGCUUAUGAACUGCCUCUUCUAACGCGUCCUGAAAACUACGCACAGAUUCAGAACCCUUCCUGGAUCGGCGGCAGCAGUGCAGCGUCUCCUGUGCCGGGUUGUGUGGUGCCCUGCGACACUGUGACUCCCUGCAUGACUCCUCACCCCCACUCUGCCAGCGGGGUGUCUGAUUUUCUGGGUGUACCGAGUCCUGGAGGCCACAUGGGACAGGCUCACAUGGGCAGCCUGUUUGGAGGAUCUCCCAGCAUGGCUGCCGGCAUCAACACAUACGAUCUCAACAUGGACCCUGACCGCAAGUCCUCCAGUAUCGCUGCUUUGCGCAUGAAAGCCAAAGAGCACAGUGCAGCCAUAUCCUGGGCCACAUGAUGUGCUGAUCCAUGCUGGAUGGUGGAGGGGGAGGGGGGACCUUGUUGAUCCUCGAAAAGUUUAAAAAAAAAAAACCCAGUACUGGGUUGAGGAGGCACUAAAAUCAGAACUCUAAAGGCAACAGUGACUACCUUCAAAAAUGCUGCAAUAUAAAGAUUAUGUAAAAAGAGAAAAAAAAAAACAACGAUUUGGCAAAAUAAGCGAUGCCAUGUUUUUCAGUGCCUCUGAUGGGAGAAAGCAACCAUGCUGAGCUCUGUGGAAGCCUGGUGGGAGGUGAUGCUGUGCUGUGUAACAGGAGUUGCAGUGUAGUACUGACGAUGCAAAGAAAAGUUGAAUUAUUUCAAACAAAGCCAUGCACUUAUUUGCUCAAGUACAGAAAUUUCUGUUUGUACAGUGCUUUCAGUGUCUGCAGCUCUUUGUUUGGUGCUGUUUUAUUCUUACCUUGUUAUUUAAAUUUAGAGUGUUAUUGUUUUUUUCCUCUCUAGUCAUUUUGUUGGAAGGUUUUGAUUUUACCAAAAAGUUCAGCAAGCAUCCUUAGAAAAACAUUCAAUUCAGAUUUUGUUGUUUUAUGCCACAUACAUAUUACUCGAAGGCUGAUUUACUGAAGUCAUGCUGGUGCUAAGAUAAAGCCUCAGAAAACCAUUCGGCAUGUCCACCACAUUAAGAAACUUCUCACUUCCAAGACAAAUGUUAAAAUAAACAACUCUGGGUGUGUGUUUCAGCAGCUAAAACACUUAGAAGUGGUUCUACCCUCCAGCAUUUAAAAAGUCAAACAGAUGAAAAGUGGUUUGUUUAACUGUGGCCAGUGUGAGAGAUCCACCUGCCGCACUGACUCAGCCUGCUGAUGCCCAGAGAGAGCAGGAGAUGGAGGAGGAAGUGGUGUGUGGGAGUAUGAGAGAGGCCCAGCAGGCCUGCUGCUCUCAGGGCUGAAGAGCCUGGGAGCGCCAGCCUCCGAACAGGCGCAGCUCUGUUUUCAGGGGGAAAGACUCCAAGUGGACAUGGCUGUGCCCCUUGCAUUUCUUGGUCUCACAGGUUUCAGAGAGAGAAGUGCCUACUAGUCAGUCAGACUGCCAGGAAUAACAGAGAAACCAGCAGAAGCCUCUUUUGAAACAGAGAAGGCUGGUGGAGAUUACACAGAGUGUGUUGACAGAAAGGAUGUCAGUGUUCAACAGCCUUUUCUGGACUUUAACAUGGCUGAGUUUGGCUGUCAGAACUCAGCAGUCAUGAGGUAGCGCUGGCACACAUGUCAUUAUAUUUCUUUCUCUUUUUUUCAUUCAAAGUUUUUGUCAAAGGAUGCCAGAUUAACCUGUCAUUAUUUUUAAGGUUUUGAUGUGGCCCCUUGGAUGAUUCAAUGCAGCACUUAGCUUCAUCCUCCAUCUUCAGACACUAAAGUCCUGUUCUACCCCAACAAAACACGCCUCUGUUCUCCUGUAUCUUACAUAUCUUCACAGUCAAGAGGGUUUCAGAGGUAGUGGUGGUGUUACAUCUGGGCCACUAGCAAAGCUUUCCUCUUGACUGGACCCCUAAUGAAGAGCUCCAAAUUCCCAAAUUCACUGUGUGAAGUUUGUUUCAGAUUUUGCACUACCAGAGUGCAGUAACAACUGGGUUCUGCAUUAUUAUGGCACUGCCGUAGAAGAGUCAUGCAUCAAAAAUCUAACUCAAAAACCGUACAUUUUGGAAUUUAUAGCAUAAAACAACAGUGCAAGUAAAUAACUGACAGAAAUGUCAGUCUCUGGACAGGUAAUAAUGUAUCUGUCAUCUACAGCACGCUGUCCCAGAAAGGAGCGACUAAACAGACCCAAAAGUUUUCCACUAAACCCCCCCAGAUACUUAAAGCAGCAAAGGUUCCUAAUUGAAUUGGUUAAAACAUGUAGGAAAAAUACAUGCAAUGAUUUUGUACCUGAUUCUCAGCCCAGAGACAUGGCAACAAAAGCCUGGAUUUCUAAAUAGCAUAUAUUUUUGCCAAGAUAAAGCAUCGAAAUGAUUCAUAUUCCAUGUCUUUAUUCUUUCUACAGGCUUCACUCCCUGUUUAGCUUCAUCAGGGUUUCAACAAUAUGUCCGUGGAAAAACAAGGGCAAGGUAGAGGUUAAAGUGAGCUGGACCCAGGUAAAUAUCUCAUACCUUGAUAGGGAUGUCAUUCAAAUAUUUACACCAGAAAGGCAUGCUUCAGUGACAGGAAUAGCAGAUGAGCUUUACCAGUACAGUAUCAUGAGGUUAUGCACGUUUUCCUUUGUUUGCUGAGCCUGAUUUAGGCUUAAAGCACAACAAAGCGUUUCAUGGUCUCAGAAGCCGAUACCUUGUAGGACCCCUUGAGGCAGAGCAACCAUCGCUAAUUCCCUAAACUGAACCACAUUCACCGUCCUCCUGGGUAGGUAAGAGAAGCAAGGUGCAGGCCAUAAUCUGUCAGCAGAGCAGAUCAGCCCUGAGUCAUCCAAAUUACAUCCAGUUUCGCUCUUCGCUCCAAAUGCGAGGCAUGUGCACACAUAGAGGACACGUCUCAGAGCUGAGAGGGUAUCCUUGCGAAUGUGAACAUGGGGCCCCCUGUGCUCGGGCCGAGGGGUUGGACGGAGGGCGAGCUGUGAGGGCGUCUGCUGUGUUCCGGUGUUCUGGGAAAAGGACAGUGCACACAGCUGCGCUCAGGGGGUAAAUGCAAAACAAACAUGCCUCACACAUGCUUCCCUCUCAGCUGUCAUGGCUCUGCUUUCAAAGAUUCAACCCCCCCGUCACACACAUUGCUCUGCGCCCCUCUCUUCGCUCGCUUCCACUACGUCCACCGGUCCAAAGCUGCAGGCCUUCAGCCGAAGGGUCCGAGUUGCAGCCGCUCGGCCAACCCAGGAAGGCUUUUUAAUUAAUACUGAGCUAUGUGGAGGCUGUGGGCUGCAGUAUUGUGUGUCAGGAUGGACGGGAGCGUCUGUCUCACAUGCUGCGACGAGCUGCUCAGGUUUACAGACAACAAACCAACCGUUUUCAAUAUUCCCAGCACAUUUAAAGUCCAUUGUUCUUCUUCUGAAACACCUCUGAUGACAUCUUCAACUUCCAGAAACCACAAAUGCAUCCUUUUUACCGCCUAAAGUACUCGUCCUACCAUCACGAGGACUGAUGAUGCAAGACCAGCUUUACAUUAAAACAAACUUCUUGAGCGAUGAUGCCACUGUCCACUUUUUUUUCCAUUUUCUAAUACUACUGAAGUCAGGCAAUCAGUAAAGGAGUAAAUAUGUGUUAAAUAUGCGUGCUGUUGUGUGCAUGUACAUUUUUGUGCAUGUAGAAAUGAUUGAAGUGUCACAACUCUUGAAAAUGUUACUAAUUUGAUGCUCUGUUUUAUUUUAUGAGGCAAUUUAUCGAGUUUUUGAGUGUAUCGAUUUUCUUAAAUUUGAUGAUGUAUAAUUGUUUUUCUCUUGACAUGUAAUUCUUUCAAAGUUUUUUUUCAUGUUUGUGUGGCUUUAAGCUGUCUUUUGAAAUGAGAGUAUGAAUUUACUCAUGCUUGUGUUACGUUUUAUGUGAUUAAAGUACAAUAAGUUAUUGCAA